ACUAUAAACUACGAAACGCAUGACAGGAUGUACAAACUUUAUUAUAUUCAAUGCGGAUGUUUUUCCCUUCAUAUGACUACACUCUUUUUCCUCUAAUAUGGAGUCAACAAAAUUAUUUUUAUUUUUUGUUUCACUCCAAUUUAUUGAUAAUGCUCAACAAUACGCAAACCUCGCCAAUAACAAGCCUGUGAGCGUCAGUACUAGAUACAAUAAUGGAUAUUUUUCACCAAGUAAAGCCGUGGACGGAGACAGGAGUACAUAUCUACUGGACUGCGCACUGACAGCUUCCGGUCAGAAGGAGGCGUGGUUAACGGUGGAUCUCGGGGAGAAGAAAAAUAUAGCAUCAAUAUCAAUCCUACAUGGGGGUUUUGGUCUCAAUGCAUCCUACUUAAGUACACCUGACUCUGGUAUCUUUCCUGAUUCCAAUGGAGACGGAUCAGUCUUUGCUUCUAGUCCAUUAAGAAGAAUCUGUACCAGUAGCUUUGAAGAAAAGGAUGCUCAGGUCGUUUGCUUGGCCUGGGGAUUUCUCCCGUAA